GUUUGGAAUAACCUCUCGCGAGACUUGUGCUUCGUUGACGGCAUUUGACGUGUCUCCGCCGUCAACAUAAUAAUGGCGGAUGCGGUGGAGGAAGCUGGUCAGGGCAGCUGGGACCAGGAUCUAGCUGAGGCUCUGGACUCGGGAAGUUCUGACAUGGAGACGGAGAAAGGCAUCAUCCCGGUGCAGGAGAAUUCAACUCAACAAAGAGCGAAGAUGUGGAAGAUCGCCCUGAAUGUGUCCGGCAAAGGAGACAGUCUCUCUCCCUGGGAUGGUGUCCUGGAUUUACCUGAACAAACGCUCAUUCACAACCGCAGUCAACAGCUGAUUGAUCAGCUGGAAGCAUCCGAGGGAGAGAGGACGGGCAUGGUGUCCGACGUGGAGGCGGUCAUCACGUUCUACUGCAAGUCACGCAACAUCAGCUUCACCUCGGAGCUGAGCUGGCCACACCUCCUCAAACCGCUGCUGGCUCUUCGGCUGCCACGGAGCGACCUGUACAACUGCUUCUACGCCGUCAUGAACAAGCACAUCCCACGGGAAUGUGUGCCCAAAGGCCACCCCUUCCACCUGUACAGGCUGCUCCUUCAGUACCAUGAGCCAGAACUCUGCUCCUUCUUGGAUACCAAAAAGAUCACGCCUGACUCCUACGCCAUCAACUGGCUGGGCAGCCUGUUCUCCAGCCACUGCAUACCCGAGGUCACCCAGGCUUUGUGGGACUCCUACCUCCAGCAGGCUGACCCUUUCCUCAUCUUCUUCCUCAUGCUAGUCAUCCUCGUCAAUGCCAAAGAGACCAUCCUUGCCCGAGAAGGAGACAACAAGGAGGACAUCAUCAAAAUGCUGGAAGAAUCUCCAUCCCUGCUGGAGGCUGAAGAUAUUGAGGAUCUAUUUUCUCUGGCGCAGUACUACCAGAGCAAGACCCCUCUGUCGCUCAGGAAGAUGAACCAGAACCUGUUUGGUAGCAGCCUGGUGGCUCUGAAAGAGGAGGACAUCGACUUGAGUCAGGCGCUGUGCCUCCCCGUGUCCGUCCCUGAAAUCCUGCAGGCCAACCAGCUGCAGCAGGAUGGGGUGCGUUUCUUCGUGGUGGAUUGCAGGCCGGCUGAGCAGUACAAUGCCGGGCAUCUGUCCACAGCCUUCCAUCUGGAUUCUGAUCUUAUGCUCCAGAACCCAUCAGAGUUUGCCCUCUCUGUGAAGUCCCUCCUGGAGGCCCAGAAGCAGUCUCUGGAGUCGGGCUCCAUCGCCAGUGGAGAGCACCUGUGCUUCAUGGGAAGCGGCCGAGAGGAGGAGGACAUGUACAUGAACAUGGUGCUGGCCCACUUCCUGCAGAAAAACAAAGAGUACGUCAGCAUUGCUAAGGGGGGAUUUAUGGCCUUGCAGCAGCACCUGGUGGACAUGAACGUGGAGGGACUGGACUCGUCUUACAUCCACUGGAUCGUCAGUACGUCGGGUUCACACAGCAGCCUCAGCUCGGCAGACGGAGACUCUUUGAGCGACAGCAAAGGUGUCAAGUCUUUGGUCAACAAGAUGACCUUCGCUCUCAAGUCCAAGUCGGUGAACGUGAAGGAGAAGAUGAUCAGCUUCAUUGAGAACACGUCCACCCCCGUAGACAGAAUAUCUUUCAAUCUGCCCUGGCCAGACAAGGUGAUUCCUGAUAGACAUGUCAGCAGCAGCGACAGAGUAGGCAAACCUUACCGGGGGGUGAAGCCCGUUUUCAGUAUCGGUGAUGAAGAGGAGUACGACACAGAUGAGAUUGACAGCUCGUCCAUGUCGGAUGAUGACAGGAAGGAGAUUGUCAACAUCCAGACCUGGAUCAACAAACCGGACGUGAAGCAUCACAUCCCGUGCAAUGAGGUCAAAGAAACCGGUCACAUGUUCCCCAGCCACUUGCUCAUCACGGCAACUCACAUGUACUGCCUCCGCGAGAUCGCCGCCAGGAAAGGCUUUGCUUACAUCCAGUCCAGGCAAGCGCUGAGCACCGUGGUGAAGAUCACGUCCAAGAAGAAGCACCCAGAGCUCAUCACCUUCAAGUUUGGAAGCAACAACUCGGCCGGAGUGGAGAUCUCAGCGGUGGAACGAUAUUUGAUACCCAAUGCGGGUGACGCCACCAAGGUGAUCAAGCAGCAGAUCAUGAAAGUCCUGGAUGCGCUGGAGAGCUCCUAAAAUGAAACACGGACGCACGGCCUGGCGUGGCCGACACGUACUGCUGGAAUCCUCUCCAGACCGAUGCGGUGUGGUGUUGUGGGCUGGGGUGCCACACUGCUGACUGCACAACAGUGGGAGGGGCAGCGGGACACACUCCCAUAGUCAUGGCACAGCCCUCUUAUGCUAAGUUAUGAAAUCUGUAAUAUAUACGUACAUAUAUAUAUAUAUUGGAUAUCCUAUAUUUUGUUUUUUUUGGUUAAUGAUGAAAACAUGACAGUAUAAUUCCACUUUGGAUGCUCCCCUCUGGCCUUAACGUGGUGUACCAACUGACCAACGCUUUCAUGUUUCAGUUUCACUCCUGUCACGUCUCUACAUCGUUUUAUUUAAGAGACGUUGUUAGCCAUUAUAGACUGCAGAAUUAGUCAACCUGAUUGUGGCUCCUGUAGAUUACAAGCAACGACAACAAAAAGCAGGAGUGAGGGUUAGCGCCACCAACAAGUCAUUACGGGAAUGUUUACAGUAUCACUUAUAUUCACUUUUACUCCAAAACCCCACCCCAACUGGACAUUUGAAGGCACUGUGGCUUCGCAGGAUUUGUAUUACUUAGCCUGUGGUGAGUUUGCUUUAAAAAAAAAAAAUUGGAGUUGUUCAGCAGGCAGCCUUAAGUAGGAUUUGUACAUUGUACAUACGUAAUAUAUACUGCUCAAAGCAUAUCUUCAGUUUUGCAGUGAGACUUUAAUUCUGUCGGGAGAUGACUUAAUUGCUUUUGUUUGCAUUCAGCCGUGCUAAAAUAACCUCACCUUGUUGCAAUCAUGUAGCUUCAAUCCGACAGUGUCUUUCUUUUGUUCCCUCUUAUGAAAGACGGUUUAAUAAUUGGCUUUAGCAGCACUUUUUAUUUCGACUUGGUUGAUCUUCAGCCUGGUCUGUUGUUCAUUAAAGAUCCUAAGCAAUAACACCAAUCUUUCACAGCAUUCCAGUGUUACCAAUGCAUUCUGUUGUAAAUCGGUGAUACUUACAGGAUUUCAACAGGCUGAGAGAAAAUGUACACCAAUGGUUUAAUAAACAUCACUUGCUUAGGAUGUUACCACUAGUCGGGGGGGGGGGGCAAAAUGCAACAUUGCACCUUACUGUAUGUACCGCUAUUAUUUUGUAAGCAUUUUCCUGGUUUUAAUAAAUGAAAGUGAUAUGACUGCAGCAAAGGGCAGUU